AUGAAGGCGGAGGGGGGCGACCACUCCAUGAUCAACCUGUCGGUGCAGCAGGUCCUGAGCCUCUGGGCCCACGGGACGGUGCUGAGGAACCUCACGGAGAUGUGGUACUGGAUCUUUCUCUGGGCUCUCUUCUCCUCUCUAUUUGUCCAUGGUGCUGCAGGAGUGUUGAUGUUUGUGAUGCUACAGAGGCAUAGGCAGGGGAGAGUAAUCUCUGUCAUUGCAGUCAGCAUCGGAUUUCUGGCUUCUGUAACUGGAGCAAUGAUUACUAGUGCAGCAGUAGCGGGCAUUUACAGAGUAGCAGGGAAGAACAUGGCGCCUCUGGAAGCGCUGGUAUGGGGUGUUGGACAGACUGUACUGACAUUAAUCAUCUCCUUUUCAAGGAUACUCGCCACACUUUGAGGUUUCUGUGGGAAUGUCUUAACUUCACAUAAGGAAACAGAUGUACAGAUUCUCUGAAAAUGGCAUUGUUAACAAGCAGGCAUGAAAUUGUCCAAGAAUUUGGAAGGAGCAGGUCAGAACAUAAGGCCUUGAGCUGUGUGGAAAGAUUGCCCUCUGGUGUUCAAGUGAUUGCACUACCGCACUGCACCUUAUGUGCCUCUGUCCCAGGCAAGGCGAAUUACACUAUGAAAAGCUACAAGAAAAAGCACCUUGUUUAGCUGCCAAAUCAGGUUAACAUUGGUGUUGAAUCAUUGUUUUUAACAGUAUUGUGUUAAGUUACAGGGAUGUUUUGAGGAAUUGAUAAUUUGUGCCAAACUCUCUUCUUUUUUUAUAAAUUGAUCAUGUGAAUAUUUGCAAGUGUAGAUUUAGAUGAGUGCUGUGAACAUGUUUGACAUGAAUUCAGGUAAUAUAGUGAGAUUUUUGUUUGGUAACGCUAAAUCCUGUAUGAGUGCUGAAUACCGAAUCAUUUAAUAUGAGAUAAAUUAUUUGAUUUUUGAUGUUGAAUGUUUUUGGGAUUAGGGCUUUAAUACGUUUAGGCAUUAUUGUUAUUUAAUUGAUGUGGAAAAUAAUACUUAAUGGAAAACUAGCUAAACUCUUAAGGACUCAAAGUAGAUCUAUAGGGUGCAUCCUUUUCACUUCAAUAACACUCUUUUAAUAAUUUCCCUCAUACAUAAAUGUUCUAUUGGUAUGAAUUCAAAAACUUUAUGGGUCACACACAUUGAUGAUAGUUUGUGAGUCAUAAAAAUGUAAUUUGAAAAUUUUCUGAUAAAUUUUGUUAGAAAAGAAGUCUAAAAUGCAUGUUGCAUUCUUUGACCCUUCUAAAGAAAGUUUUUGUCAUGUAUCUCAUGAAGAAAACAUCUUUAUAACUAGUAUCUCAGUGGGAUUAUAUUACCUGUUGAAUAUUUCUUGACUUUUGACAAAAUGUAAACAAUCUUUCAUUCUGGAGUUUUAACUAUAUUUAAAGAGUGGCCUAAAUUAGGCUGUGAAAACAAAAAGCCUCGUUUGUAGAUAAGUAAGUCAUAUAGGAAGAGUAAUAAACUAUCUUACAUUGGGCAUGCAGUAACAUAAUUUCACUAAGUAAAAAUUGGGGAAUUUAGUAAAUAAUUUUAAAAUUUGACAACACAGCUCAGUGUAUCAAAACAAUACUGAAUAUAUAUUUGAGUGAUUCAUUUUAGUUGUUCAGUUCUUGAUUUAUGCUGUUAUUUAAGUUUUUUAGAAUGUGUGACAACAUUUAUUAGAAAUGAAAAAGUCCUUAGUAUAAAAUAUUUUAAGAGGUUUUGGCAAUAUAUACUUGUUUUUAGGAGUACAGGACGUAAGGGAAAUAGAACCUGGUUGAACUUAUCUCUUACCGAGAUCUUUUUAGGACCAGGUACAAUUAUAACUAGAAGAGCCACCACAGAGAAUAUAAAGUUAAGGACAAUCCAGAAAAAUAAUCUGUACACUCUAGCACACUGUUUUAUAACCUGAUUUGGUAAAAAAAUUAAAAAAAAAAGUAGGUUUCUGUUCAGUCUCAUUCAAAUUUAAGACCUCUGUUACCCGCACCGCUUUUCCUUCACUAAAAAGCAGAUUAUAUCAACUCAACAGUGAAGAGUGAGGAAAAGCCAAUUUGGUGUGUGUAGGGUAUUCUAAUGCUGUGGCUUGGAAAUUUGUUUUAAGGAAAAACAAUUAGCAGCUAUGCAUUCUUAGAGAUCUUUGAAUUAAACCUUAAAAUUGAUUUUUUUUUUAUUAUAUAUAACCCUGAAAUUAUUUUUGUGUGUUUUUAUAUGCUUGAUGUUUUCCCAAAUUAAAUUUAGGCAUUAAUUUUCUAAAUCAGUUUGAUUUCUCCUUUUUUGUUAGACUUGAAUUGUGUUCUUCUUUUUGGCUAUUCUGUUAAUAACAGUGUUCAAGAUAUUAUUAAGAAUAAUAUGUUGAAGAUCUACAAAAUGAAUAUUUAUUUUAACAUAUGGUUAUGUCAUGAUUUAAGGAAAUUAUCAUGAUAAGGUAAUAUGGAAUACAUGAUUCAGAAUCCAGAAUUAACCAGAAAAUAGCAUGGAUGCAUUAAGUGUAUGAAUGCAUGGACCAAAGAGAUUUAAAUUUCUGUUUUUACUCUAGAAUGGAAGUAUAAUUAGUUUGUAGAAUGUCCUAAUCUCAUUAUCAAGUUGCUUUCUGUUAUGAAUUGUGAAUGUGUGUGUGUGUGUGUGUGUGUGUGUGUGUGUGUACUUUUAACUUUUGGGGGAAUUUUUUGGUUUCUUCACUGUUUUCAGCGAAGUUAUUUCCAUUGAGAUUUUGUACAACUGUCACUCAUUCGAUGUUUUGAAAUACAGUUAAAUAGUGUGAAUUGAUGAAAUUAUCUGAAUAGCUAUUUCUAUGCUGAGAUGUUUUUAAAAGUUGAUGGUUUUCCUAUAGAGACAAGAAACGUUUAAUGAUAUAUAUCUACACACAUAUAUAUCAUUAUAUACAGAUAUAUAAAGCUGCUAUAUAUGAAUGCAGUCUAAUUGGAAAGCUUUUGUUCUAGUGGAGAAUUUGUUUAUUUGAAGAAUCUUUUAAAUAGUUUUGAGGAUGUUUGAGAUUUUUUUUUAAUUUGGAGAGAUUUUUCUUGGUUUAAUAGUGCUGGAAACCCUUGUUUGUGCUAUGACAAAAGCCCUUAUUGAUAUAUUUGUGUUACACCUUCUUAAAAUGUGUAUGUGAUGUAGCAGUAAUUUUUUUUUUUUUGUGAUAAAUGCAGAAAAGACAGGGGGAAUCCUCUGCAGUUAACACUUCUUCACUUUAAAAAAAUGUUUAGUUAGAUAUUGCUGACAGUGAAAUCAGUUCUCCAAAGAAAAGAUUCCCCAAACUAAUUAUUAUUUAACAUACUGGUUAGAAGUCCAUAGAUCAGAGUUUAGUCAGGGGGCCUCAUUUAAGCUACAAAUAAUGCUUAGAACCUUUAAAUGGAGGAGGUGAAGUAAUUUGUCCCACGGAAUGAUUCCAUUGGUUGCCUAGAGCACGGAAAGUCCUAAAUGGCAACUGUGUUCAAUGCGUGCAGCUUAUUUAUUCUUCCUUUAGAUCUUAAUGUUUACCAAAAAUAUAUAGUUUGUUACCCAAUGUACUGUCUUAGUAUUUGUAGCAUAUAUUUCCACUACUCUAUAAAAGGGUUUUGUUUAUACUGUAAAUGAGAAAGAAAUGAGCUGCCCUGUAUGUAUGAUAUAAAGAACAGGGAUAAUUUGAAAUCAAAGAACAUUGUUGGAAAAGGUCUUCAGAGAGCUUUAAUUUAGAUGAGAGUGGAGCUGACAUGUUACCAUGCCCACAAUGAUAAUCAACAAACCAACUAAUUCAAUUUUUUAAACAUUUUUGAUGGAUCUACUGUGUACAAAGCGUUGUACCAAGUAUUUCCUGUAGGAAGUACAAGAAUGACUAAGAUAGGAUUCCUGCCCUUGAGUCCACCAAGAGCUAGCAAGAUGAUUUUAAAUCCUAAAAAGAUUGGGACAACAUUUUGCUUUCUGAUUCUAGUUGAGAGUUCAAGUCCUGUUUUUUUCCCACCAAGUUCUGAUUUUCCCAGUUUAUUCACCAAAUGGAGUUUCAGUAACUGAGAUAGCAUUGCUGUGACAUAGUAACGAGAAUACUAGAAUCUAAGCCAGACGCAUAAAUUUGAAUCCGGGCACCGUCACUUGUUGACCUUUUUGUUUAUGAAUGGCAAAGCAGUAUAUGUUUGACAGUAAAUGAUCAAUAGUCAUUAGAAUUUUUUAAAAUUAUAUUUUACAAUACCAAUCAUUAUAUUGAUAAGUUGUUUUAUAAAAUUCAUCUAUUUUCUUCCAUUUCCACGUUUCUCUCCAUAUAUUUUAAGAGGAGAAAACUAAAAUAUUUCUCUUAUAAUCUUGUUUCCUUUACUUUUCUCCACCUCUUUUUUUUUUUUAAUCAGUAGAUAUUUAUCUAAGAGCACUUUUGGGAGUUGGUGGUGGUGGAAAUGGCCAGAACAAACAGGAUUAAAUUACAGUUUGUGCUUACCACUGGUCAAAAUAGGAAAAAGGUAGAAGUAGCCAGCAUUUACUCCUUUACCUUAUCCUGCUACUUCUCUUACAUUCAUUCAGCCAACAUUCAUUGAAUCUCUACUACAUGCAGCUCAUUAUCCUUGUUUAAUGUUUGGAGAAGUGUCUUCUCCAUAUGUCCACCUCUCUUCCACACCUUGGAUUUUGGUUUCACAAUGUAGUGUAAAUUUUUAGGGAAAUAAAGCUGAGCUUCAGUGUCUACCAGGUCCUUCUUUCCAUGGACCAAGGUGCUUAAGCUCUAGUUGCUGUUUGUUUGGUUGUGUUUUUUUUUUUUUUUUAACUUAAAAGAAAUAAUGUUAUUUUAAAUUUAUGUACAUUUUACAAUUCAAGAAAUAACAAGAUGCUAAGAGUACUUUCUGAAAUAUUUUCAAAGUACUUCACUUAGCUAUUACAAAUUCUCUCAGAACGUCUUAUUCAGAAUCUCUUCGAAGAGUCAUUUUUAAAAUGUGAAGAAUGUGGCAAGUUACUGAAGAAAUUCUAAUAGACCUCGAUUGCAGAGAAGUUUGGCAACGCUUGGGUAAAUUGCUAUUUCUUUUAAUAAUUGCUAUUUCUUUUAAUAAUUGGAGUGAGAAUCUCAGUAGUUAAAACUAGCAAUUAAACGGUCUCAUAAUUUCCGUUACCUCUCCUUCGUUUUACACAAUAUUUUCCUUUAAUAAUGAUUUUUACAUGUCAGGUUUAAUAAAAAACAAUUAAAAUGUUAUGUAAAGAGUACAGCAUAUAAAUUUUUAUUAUUUCUAAAAUAGUAAAAACUUGUCCUGGUUUCAAAACUAGAUCUUGAUAUCGACUUGACUCCUCAAUAGAUCCUAGAGGAAAUGGUCAAUAAUAAGACCACCUAAUGAGUGCUGAGUAAAGAUCUGUUCUGCUGUUUCUUCACUAGACAUCGGUACUGAUCUCUGUUAUCCUACCUUUAUUCUUGUUUUAUUUCCAGCGAUGUUUUAACUUUUAAUUCCUCUAGGUAGAGUUGCUUAUAUUUUCCUAAUUCUAUUUUAUUAGAAUCUUCCUGAGUUUUUAUUUUGGGAAGUUCAGAUUCCAGAUCUUUAAUUCUGAGUUCCAUUUGACUUGUUAUUGAAGCAUUACUAUUCUCUUUUUUUUCUUAAGUUUUCUUGAGGUGCCAUUUGUGCUCACUAACGGACUCACUCACUCUGAGCUCCAGUGCUGGGGCAGCAGCUUGAAAGGUGCCAGGGACACAAGGGGAGGAAUGAAACUGUCUGGCUUGAGGGCGAGGGCUGGAAGGGUGGCUUUCUCCCAGACAAGUGCUGGCAGUUUUCAGUCCUUUUUAUAACGUUUUGCAGGAGACUCUCCAGGGUAAAAAGGACAUUGUUUGAUUAAAAAUGAUAAAAAUUUUUAAACAUGUGGUAGCAUUUUGUAGUAGAUUUAAGUUUAAAGACAGGAAGAAACAUUGGAGGGGUAUCACAAAAACAUACAGGCAUAGUUGAUGGAAGGACCCUACAUUAUGUGAACAGUUUCCCCCCUUCCAUUAAGACUAUAAACUACACUGUAUGAAUAUGUGUACUGCAUGUUUACAAAAUGCUGUGUUUUUUUUUAUAUGUGAGACAUAACUUACCACAAAGCAUUUCGAAAUCGUAUUACAUUUGUGUGUGUGUGUGGUGGUAGGUUUGCCUUUCUAACUUAAGGAUCUCUGUUUAGUAUAGGCAAUAUAAUGUUUUUGAGGAGGUUGCUGAGUAAAUUAUCUAAAACUGUAUCUGUGAAUGUUUGGAGGAAGUAGUGCUUAAUAUAUAAAUUAUUUUCAAUAAAUGUGGAGAUGUACCAGUUAAUACUUUCUUAAAUUAGUGGAAACACCCAAAUUUCUGAGUGAACUGAGCUAUGAACUGUAACCAUCUUUUCCCUUGAGUUUUGGGGACUCAUUUUCAUAUUCUUUACAUUUAUUGCACAUAUGUUGAAGUUACUUAUAAUAGCCCUUUUUGGAUUUUGAGAACUAAUUUAGCAUUUUCUUAAAAAUCUCUCUCCCCCUUCCAUUCAAAUGUCAUAUGUUAUAGUUUAAACAUAUGUACAGUUUGUUGAUAGAGUCAGAAGUCCUAGUUUAGAAGAGAAUGUUCUUAACACCUUAUGGUUAUGCAACUAUAAUCUUACUGAAAAAUAAAUACUAUAGGCAAGUCAAGAGAGCAUGAACCUCUUACAUGUUUUUUUAGAUUCUAUACUGUACCCACAUGAAUCUUCCCCUCAGUGACAACAUGACUGCCCCCUUUUUGGGAAUGCAUUUAGAUAUGGAACUGAAACUGGAAAGCAGUAUAAUAUAAAUAUAUAGGAAGAACUCUAAUGCAUAAUUACUGUAACAGUAACACCUUUUCUCCAAAAUAUGUUAUAUAUUGGUUAUUUCUAAAAAGCAUCACUUUUUUUUAGCGCCUUGUAUAAAUGAAUGUUAACUUUAUAGUACUACUGAUGAUGAAAAGUUUCCUUUGUUUUUAAAGUAUUUGCACAUCAUCACUAAGUAUCUGUGAGAAAGAACAUUUUAAAAUUUUUAAAGAAAGGAAAAUAGAGGCAUGUGUUUGAAUAAUAAUAAAAGUAAUUGACUUUCAAUACUGGAUGAGUUGAUAGUCUAACUGUUGACACUUUCUUAGUACUUUGUGAUAUUGGAUGCAUUUACUAUGGAGGAAUUUUAAAUUUUUGCCCUCUACACACACACGUGCGCGCGUGCGCACACACACACACACACACACACACGAGCUCUACACAUUUAGAUGAACAAUAUCAGAUGCCACAGUAUUUUUCAUUUCAGUCAUAUAACUUGGUAAAAUGUAUAUCAUUCUACCAUAAAGUAUUAACCCCUAAAUCUAGUCAUCCUGGGAUUAGGGGAUCAACUUUAUCCCAAAAUUAAUCUACUAAAAUGUAUUUAUUUAAACAUCAAAAACAUAGUUUACCAGAUAGGUAUUAAAGGACUCACUUUCAAAUUAUGUUAACUCUCAGACCACUGAUGAAUCAUUUAGUUACCCACAGUACAGUUUUUAAAAGCUAAGUAAUGUCUUGAUGCCUUGGAAGUUAAGAUACUUUUGCAAAGUGAAUUUAGUGUGAUUCAGGAUUGGUACAUCUGUUAUUUAGGAUUCAGAGUUUAGGAAUGGUGUAAUUGAAUUAGCUCCUCAUGAUUUAAUAAAAAUCAGAUAUGUUGCCAUUGACAAUGACAGAUGACAAUUUCAUUACAUUUUCAUGAUGUAUUUGUCUUUUUUUUUUUCAAGUAAGUUAGAAAUGGAAAAAUGUAGUCAAGACAAAUGUGGGAUUUUAAAAUUUACUUUUGUUGUAGAGAUUCUAGUGUGAACAAUGUUAGUUUUAUAUUGUAGUACAAGGGCAGACACACGAUGUAACCUUUAGAAAUAUGUUUACCAUCAGGGAUUUAUUUUUACUAUUGAAAUAUUUAACGUACUGUGAAGCUUAAAAGACAGGAAGAAUAAACGUUGGAGGGAUAACGCACAAAAACAAAGGUAUAUCCGAUGAAGUACCCUGCGUUAUGUGAACACAAUUUCCCCCUUCUGUUAAGAUUAUAAACUACACUGUAUGAGUAUGUGUACUGCAUGUUUACAUAAUACAGUUUAAUUUUGAAGGAUUAUUUUUUAAAAACUAUGUUUAUGUAUAAUACCUAACAAGCUGUAAAUAUUGUAUACUAUUGAUUUUUAAUUUUAUAUAAGCAAUUUUAUAAUUUCCCAAUUCAUGUAUAAAUCUCAUUGUGUAUAUAGCAUAAUUUCCUGGAGAACAAAUUUUGCAGUGGAUUUUAAUUACUUUAAUUGUAGUAAGCAUCAGGUUAGUCUUAGAGAUGUUGAUCUUUGUUUUAAAUUAUUUUUACCACUCAUUUUGUUUAAAUGGGCAGCAAUAAACAUAUGCAAGUUA